GGGAAACACCCUCAGUCGGACUCGUGACAUGUACAACUUCUUUCUCACUUACAAUUAUUCUUUGGAACGCUACUUCUCUUACACCGUUUAAGCUAGAAACGCCAUUUAAACGUAAAAACGUGUAGACUGGUCAGGAACAUUUUGAUAUCUUUUAUACUUUUUAAACUAUUAAGCUUUUUGUCCAUCUUUUUGUCCUCCAUCCACUUAUGGGAUAUCUUCACCAUUCUAAAGGCCCCAUUGUUACAAACUCCCAGACUUCCAACAUUCUAUUCACAGUAACAAUGUAACUUUUGACAAAGAUCAGCUACUUUGACCACUUUCCCAACAACUUAGUCAAGAACGUAUAAAAUCUUUGUCUACAUCUCUGCUAUUGACAUCUGAAAUCAGAACCGAAUUAUCUUCUACCAAUCAAGAAGUAAAGCUGUUUUAGAACCGUAUUAACUAGUUUCAUUAAGCUAACUUCCCUAUGUUGAGUAUAACUGGAACUUUGAAAAAUAUCAAACAAUAGCAAUGGAGAGCACAGUUAUUUAUACUGCACUCUAACUGCAGUAACACUGCAAAAUUACUUCAGUAAAAAUAGCUUAUUUUGGAUGCAGUGUUUGCACCAUACUGCAGUUAUACUGCACUCAAACUGCAUUUAUACUGAAGUGUACUGCAAUUAUACUGCACUCUGACUGCAAUUUUGUUUCGUAAGGGGGCCUUUCAUGGCAAAUAGUGUGGCCCUCUACGUCACAAUGGGAUUCAAUGAGUUCUUGCUUCUGUUGCUAAAACUUUCAACAUUCUGACCGGAUUACAUAAUGAACCAAAGUGUCUGUUGUUAUGCUGGUUGCUUGGCUCUAUUUUACCUCGUAGGAGGAUGCAGGCAGUUAUAGAUCUAUUUCACCUCAUAAAUUAUUACCUCAGAAUUACUCUCAAAUGAGAGGUAGAGGGGGACACUAUUUGGCCGGGAGACAUUAUUUGGCAUGACAAGCCCACAUACAAAAGUAAUAAGGUUGAUAUAGUAUUCUAUUAAAGUAAUCAGACCAGAUAUUUUAAUAUAUUUCACUUUGAUUAUAUUCCACUGCUUCACUUAAGAAAAUUUUUAAACUUCUUCAACUACCACAAAAAUACAUUUAAAGAGCUGAAGCAAGUCACAAAUGGUUUCUUCAUGGGAAAUUACCAUCUAGUUUGUAGUGCUACACUGCUACUUGCAAGUCUUAAGUAUCUAUCUCCAUAGUAACGUCAUCAACAACUUAGGUAACAUAACUAAAGUCUACUGUACCUAUGAAAGUGAGUCGGUGUGUUAGUGCUUAUGAAUGGCUUCUGAGGACCAAGGUUUGCAGAACAGAGUUCUGGUGACCAGCUCAGGGAAGAGGAAGGAGAAACUCCGUCACAGUGUAGUGGCAAGGCCAGUCCACCUCAGCCCUGCAGUAUCUACAGAUACCAAUGGAACAGUGGCAGUUCCCAAGUGGAUACACAGUCACACACAGAGGCCUGGACAAAAGGUCAAGGACCUCAUCGGCCCUGAGAGAGAGGCAGCACUGAAAGCUAUACAGACAGGUGUGUAUGUGGGCUGGAGAUGUCCGGACUUGACCUGGGAUUGUUUUAGAGUGGGUGACUCCUCCAUGUGCUUCUGUGGACAUCACCUGUAUGAGCAUGGGAAAUACACAGGCUCCAGUGUGCGUGUGCCCUGCUUGGUCCCGUCCUGUAGUUGCGGGGCCUUUGCCUUCAUGCCGUCCCGUCCAGAAGAGGUGGGGGAGCCGUGGGUUAGAGGGAGACCUGGGUUUGACUCCCAGGUCUGGAGGGCCCUCUGUCGGUGCAAACACCCCCACCAGCAACACUCUCCCAGGGCAGGACACUCCUGCAGGGCGGGAGGAUGUCGCUGUGUUAUCUUCCAGUCCAGCUUCCUGUGUGCUUCAUGUGACCAGCACUGGGAGAAGCAUGAGACGUUCUUCGAAACUGAGCAGUCCAGGAGAAAGCAGGGCCUGCCAUACGGAGACGCAUACAUGCCUUUUGCAGAGGUCCCCACCCUGAGAAAUGCUGUUUUAACAGGCAGAUUGAAGGACACUUAUGCCUUGUCAGACAGCAUAAGAAAGGCUGUUUAAUCAUCAUCAUUCAAGGGGGUGGGUGGGGU